GUGAGUUUUCGUUUUCACGUAUCUACUUUUCUACUAGGUUUUGAAAUGCAGUUUGACAUUCGAACUCCUGCGCGUGGAUUUCGUCGCGCUCACGUUCACUCGUUCAGUUAUGACUGCAGAUAAAAGGGUAAAAGGCCACCGUCUCAGAGACCCUGGCUAUGUUCAGCAUGUGUUAAGGAGCAGAGACUACUCCUUUAGGCCACAUAGAAGAGUGGAGAUGUUCCUCAGCCCCAGGACCUUGUUAAGUUGUGUCUGGUUACAGAUACAUCUGACAUGUGCCCUAAACACAUGUCCAACAGUGCCACAAAUACCUUUGAAUUUUUCUGUUACCUAUUCAGUUCCCUUUUUCCCAACUACAAAAGCCAUACAGAACAUAGUAGUGAGUGAAUAUUUUGGCGAGGUCUACGUGGCCUCUCAAAAUGUGAUUGAAGCUUUGGACAGUCAGCUCACAAAACUAUGGGAAUUACGAACUGGCCCUGUUGGCAGUCCAGAUUGUCAGACCUGUCUCUGUGAUGUUGAGAGUGUACCAGGGACAUCACUGAAUACAGAUAACCAGGUUCUUGUUCUAGAGCCUCAGGAACAUCUGGACUUCCUCUACAUCUGUGGGAGCACACAAUAUGGAGUCUGCACUGCUCUUGAACUUAAAAGAGGUGAAGAACCCUCUAACCCAAAGUGUUUUUUCAAUAAAAAGGCCAAUUCACCUUUGGAUUGUCCUGAUUGUGUUGCUAGUCCUCUGGGUACAAAGGUCAGCGUGGUCGAAGAUGGUUUUUCAACAUACCUUUUUACCGCAGCUACCAUCAAUAGCACAAUUGCUGAUUCUUAUGGCAAGAAAUCCCUCUCAAUUCGCCGCUUACUUGCCACAGAGGAUGGUUUUGACAGCCAAGUGAGGGGUUUGACAGUUCUUCCCAAAUUCCAGGAUACAUUUAUCAUUGAUUACAUCUAUACAUUCUCCACAGAAGAAUAUGUGUAUUUUUUAUCUGUACAGUGGGAGAACCCACUGAAACCGAACUCCAUGUUGCAGACCCAUCUGGGGCGGAUGCCGAUCAAGGAUAGUGAGCCUUGGAUGUACAGGGAGAUAGUUCUAGAGUGCCGCUUUGAGCCCAAACGAAGGAGAAGGAGCUUUAGGGAUGUUGUGUACAACUCAGUUCAAGCUGCCCACUUUAGCACAGCAGGCAAGGAGCUGGCGGAUGAACUAGGGGAGAAGAUGGAAAGCCCGAUCUUGUAUGGGGUGUUUGCUAAAACAGAUAAAGAUGGCAAACCUACCAGCCAGUCUGCCUUGUGUGCAUUUCCAAUGGACUAUGUGAACAAUGCCAUUGAAAAGGGGGUAGAGUCCUGCUGUUCAGAUGGGACAGAGCAGCUCUCACGGGGACUAUGCCAUUUACAACCCUAUGAAAUAUUCCCUCAUGAGAAUCCAGAGAGUUUGGCAUGCCAAGCUCACCCUACCUUUGUAUCCAAGCCUUACUACAGAGUGGACUUCUUCAACGGACAGAUUAAAGAUGUGCUUUUCACUUCUAUUCUGGUCACCACCAUUGAGAUGAAAACUGUGGCACACAUCGGCACAGAUCAUGGAAGGCUCUUGCAGGUCAUUUUAAGCAAGUCAAUCCCUGUAGUGUUUGCCAACUUCUCUCUUGUGGAAGACAAGCAGAGAGUGUCACGCAUAGCUGCUGUUCGUUCUUCAGAGUCCCUUCUCUUUGUCGUUGGAAAUAAGCUCUUGAAUGUGUCUCCCAGAGGUCCAGGUUGUGCCCAUUUCCUCAACUGUUCUGUGUGCCUUGCGGCCCCCAAGUUUAUGGGAUGUGGUUGGUGUGGUGGAGUCUGUUCCCAAAAGCUUAAGUGUGAGAAACAGUGGAGUAGCAACUCAUGCCCUCCUGUUAUCAUGCAGUUUUUCCCCAGUACAGUGCCCCCAAAUGGCAAGAGUGAACUCACAUUGUGUGGCUUUGACAUUCAAUCAGCCUCUAGAACUGCUAUCACCCAGACAUCUCACCAGGUUGAAGUGGGAAACAAAACCUGUAUUAUUAUACCAGAGAAGAGCAGUAGCUCCCAGCUUGUGUGUUCAAUUGAAGGUGAUGGGUCAGAACUGAACCACAGUGUGGCUAUAACAGUGCAGGUAGAUGAAAAUAGAGUGGACAAUGGAUACUCCAUCUCUGGAAAUACCAGCAUACAUGGAUUCAGCUUUGUGACCCCAGAAAUCACAGAUAUCAGUCCAGACUAUGGACCUAAGAUUGGAGGAACCCUGAUCACGCUGUCUGGAAAACACCUGGAUGCUGGCGGAAGCAGAACAGUCAAGCUUGGAGACAGAAUCUGCCCUGUUGAAAGAAUCUCCAGCAAUGGGACUUUUAUAGUUUGCAGGUCUGAAGGUGUGGAGAAGAUUACAGAAGUAGAUGUGAAGGUUGUAAUUGAUGAAUCAACUAUUUCAGCUGCAAAAAUGUUUAGAUACAGGGUGAAUCCUGAGGUGACGGGGGUGAAACCCAGUUGUGCUUUUAGAAGAGGAUCAAAAAUUACAAUCAUCGGACAGAAUCUAGACUCUGUUUCCCAGGCCGUAAUUAAUUACAGAGGCAACAACACAAGACCUGUGCAAAUCGUGUGUAGUGGUCAAGGGAAUCCCACACAGAUGGAGUGUACAAGCCCAAUAUGUGAGGAGUCGCAUGGAAUCCUCUCUGUAGAUCUGGAUGGCGCAAAAGAACUCCUGCCUCAAACUUUCACCUGUCAUGCUAAUGCCGAGCCCAUCCCAUUUGAAAUGGAAGGCCAUGUGCUUGAACUCAGCUCAGGACAGGACAAAAUCUCAGUACAACACAAAAGAUUAGGCCUGGUGUUUGGUUGCAUGGAUAUCAUCAUUACCGUUAAUGGUGUAAAUUGCAAAACUACAGUUUUGGAAAAUGAGAUCACCUGCAGGAUCCCCAAAAGUCUGACCAUCCCCAGCAAGGGGGCACCCGUGAAGGUGUUGGUGAAUGGGGAAGUUUAUGACAUUGGCUUGGUGGUAAUUGCAAACAAUAAUGCCAAUGUGGGAAUUGUACUGGGAAUCGUAGCUGCAGUUGGUUUGGGGGCAGUUCUGGCCUAUGUAGCCAUGGCACAAAAGCAUAAGAGGAAGAACGCUUCCAAUGCUGAGGUUCGGCUAUCCAUGCGUUCAACUCACACAGUGGGGGAGCAUUAUGACAGAUCACCUGAUGGUGACUACAGAAGAGGUCUAUCAGUUUCUCCAAUCCAAGGCUCAAGCACGACAUUCUCUAGUGUGUUGUGUGCUGGGUCUAUGGACUCUGCAGCAGUUCCUCUGAUGCCCUCUCAGAUGUUCUCUAUGUCCGCCCUCCGGCCCAGCUUGUUGGAGGAGGUAAAGGAUGUUUUGAUCCCACCCAAGAAGCUCAAAAUUCAGCAGGAUCAGAUCAUUGGCAAAGGUCAUUUUGGCACAGUGUGUCACGGCUAUCUUACCAAUAAUGAAGACAAAGCGAUCCACUGUGCUGUCAAGUCAUUGAACAGGAUCACUGAUCUGGAAGAGGUGGAGCAGUUUUUGAGAGAAGGGAUCCUUAUGAAGGCCUUCCACCACCCUCAUGUUUUAUCUCUUCUGGGCAUUCUUCUUCCAAGUGAUGGGCUUCCUCUGGUGGUCCUGCCUUAUAUGAAGCAUGGAGACCUCAGACAUUUCAUCCGCUCUGAGCAGAGGAAUCCCACAAUGAAAGACCUGAUUGGCUUUGGUCUUCAAGUUGCCAAAGGAAUGGAAUAUCUCGCAAACAAAAAGUUUGUACACCGAGACCUUGCUGCUCGUAACUGCAUGCUGGAUGAAUCAUUUACAGUGAAGGUGGCUGAUUUUGGCAUGGCGCGUGAUGUUUAUGAUAAGGAAUACUAUAGCAUCCAAGAUAGUAAGAAAGCAAAGCUGCCAAUCAAAUGGAUGGCAUUAGAAAGCCUGCAGACUCAAAAAUUCACUACCAAAUCAGAUGUGUGGUCGUUUGGAGUACUGAUGUGGGAGAUGAUGACUAGAGGGGCCUGUCCAUAUCCUGAUGUGGACCCUUAUGAUAUUACUCCCUAUCUGACACAAGGCCGUAGACUGCGCCAGCCACAAUACUGUUUAGAUUCCCUGUGGUCCAUCCUGGUGCAGUGCUGGCAUCCAGAGCCUGAGAGGAGACCAGGGUUCUCCAUACUUGUGCAAGCCAUUCAACAGAUCCACUCCAGCCUUGAAGGGGAGCAUUAUAUCAAUCUCCAGAUGACAUAUGUGAAUCUGGACCAGCCCCGGCCUUACCCCUGUCUCUCUCCGGCACCACCCACAGCCUCAGAUAUGUCAGAACACUCCUCUGCCACCUGACACUGGGAUCUUUCAUUUACCACCAUAGAGUGAACAAAGUCUUAGCUGCUUUCAUCGCAUUAAUUCAAAGGCUUAUAUGGUUUUGUGAACAGUGAAAACCAAUGCUAUGCACUGAAGAUGAUCUGUUGUAUCCGGACAAACCCACAGUGUAUUAAACAGAAGAAAAUGUCAAUUAUUUGUGCGUUUUUUAAAUGGCAUGCUUUUGUGAACUUUGUGUGCCAGGUGUCGCACAGGCAAAUUGGUAUCUUACUCUCUGGAAUUUAAAAUAUUUUUGGGCAAGUGCACUUUUCCAAUGAAUGCAAGGCUUGUGUUGUGUUGUGUUGUGUUGGAUGCCUAUGUCUUAUUUUAUACUUUAUUUUUAAAUAGAGAGCAUUGUGUCUUAAACUGGAUAACAACAAAGCAUCUGUUAUUGUAUAUCUUUUUUAUACUGUUUGAGAUGAUUUUUAGUUUCACUUUUAUGGUAUUAGACACCACUUUUCACAAAACAUUUUGUAUUUUUUUGCAUUCUAUAAAGACGUUUGACAAAGAGCAGUGAGAUUACUUGAAAUAUGGUUUGAUAAGUUUUACUGAUUUAUUUUUGUCUGUAAAUACAUUUCCCUUAUGUAAAUAAAGCACUCAAACAGCAAUAUGUGGAUAGUUGACAUU